ACGAAAACUCUUACAUAUUUGAGUAAUUACAACUACUUAUCAACUAAGUAUUGUCUUACAUAUUCAUUUGUACUGUAUCAAUUACCUACUAAAUGAGUCAUUUUUUUGUCAAAAAUACAUAAUUGAUGAUUAGUUAUAAUUAUCCAAAUAAGGGUUUUUUCGUAAUUUAACUUUACUUCAGUUCACGUAAUUUGUCCAAUUUUUAAAGGAAGAAAAGCCAGAUAUAAGCUUUUAGCAAAAAAGAAGCUCACUUUCUGCUCACCAAAUCAAACCAAUGUACAAACUCAUGCACGCCAAGAAAUAUACUCAACACGUAUUAAUUCCUUCCCCCCUCCAUUAUCACACACACACACACACACACCAAAUUCCCAUUUCUUGAACUACUCCAAUAAUUCCUUACCUUCAUUCCAAUAUCAUGAAUUCUUCUUCUUCUUCUUUGUCGUCGUCUUCAUUGAAUACGACGAAUCGGGCUCAUAAUAAAGCCCGAUUUGCCGAUUUCUUAUCCGAAAUUCAAAUGCUGGAGCUUCUCGUGGCGGCCGUGGUCUUCGUCGUGAUAAACUCUCUCCGACAGAAGAAGCGUCGCGGCCUCCCGAACUGGCCCUUGGUCGGAAUGCUGCCGUCCCUAGUUUUCGGGAUCAAGGAGAAUAUAUACGAGUGGCUAACGGAGAUUCUCCAGGGGCAAAACGGUACUUUCACAUUCAGAGGGCCUUGGUUCACCAACCUCAACUGCGUUGUCACCUCAGACCCUAGAAACCUCGAGUACCUUCUGAAGACGAAUUUCCCCAAUUUCCCCAAGGGCGACUAUUUUCGCGGCGCGGUUUCCGAUCUCCUCGGCGACGGAAUCUUCGGCGCCGACGGCGAUGUGUGGCGGCGCCAGAGGAAGACGGCGAGCCUGGAGUUCCACUCGGCGAAGUUCCGCCGGAUGACCGCCGAUUCGCUCGUCGAUUUGGUCCACGCGCGGCUCCUCCCGGUGCUGGAGGAUUCGAUAAUUAGGGCAAAAUCGGCCGCCGCCUCGAGUAGUACGAUUGAUUUGCAGGAGAUUCUGCUCCGGCUGACCUUCGACAACGUCUGCACGAUCGCGUUCGGGGUGGAUCCGGGGUGCCUGAGCUCCGGCCUGCCGGAGAUUCCGUUCGCCCGGGCGUUUGAGGACGCGACGGAGGCGACGAUCGCGCGUUUCGUCACGCCGACGCUCGUGUGGAAGGCGAUGAGGUUUUUCGGGAUCGGGAGCGAAGGUGUGCUGAGGAAGUCGAUUACGGAGGUCGACGAUUUCGCGAGGGAGGUUAUUCGGGCCAGGAAAAUGGAGCUUUCGUCGGGUCGCGGCCCGGAGAAGAUCGGGUCGGAUCUUCUGACGGUGUUCAUGGGGCUGAGUAAUGGGGAGAAGGAGGGGUUUUCGGAGAAGUUAUUGAGGGAUGUCUGCGUGAAUUUAAUCCUGCCGGGGAGAGAUACUUCUUCGGUGGCGCUCAGCUGGUUUUUCUGGCUGCUGAGUGGGAAUCCGCCGGUGGAGGAGAAGAUUGUGGAGGAGAUUUGUGGGAUAGUGAGGGAGAGAGAAGAGGGCGGCGGCGGCGGUGAGUUUAUUUUCAGGGCGGAGGAGGUGAAGAAGAUGGAGUAUUUGCACGCCGCCGUGUCGGAGGCUCUCAGGUUGUACCCUUCGGUUCCGGUUGAUCAUAAGGAGGUACUAGAAGACGACGAAUUCCCCGACGGAACAAAGCUAAAGAAAGGAACGAAAGUAGUGUACGCAAUCUACGCAAUGGGGAGGACGGAGAGUAUAUGGGGCGAAGACUACCGAGAGUUCAAGCCCGAACGGUGGCUGCGGGACGGCCGGUUCAUGAGCGAGUCCGCUUACAAGUUCACCGCGUUCAAUGGCGGGCCCCGCCUCUGCUUGGGGAAAGAUUUUGCCUACUACCAAAUGAAGUUCGUCGCCGCCUCCAUUUUGUACCGGUACAGGGUGGUGGUGGACGAGAACCACCCGGUGGUCCCGAAAAUGGCCCUCACGAUGUACAUGAAGUACGGACUGAAAGUUGUGAUUCGAAGACGCGAUCCUUUAGAAAUUGAAAAAUAUCUCAAAUUGCAAUCUUGAUAUAGUAGAUUAAAUGUUUUUUUUUUUUUUUUUUGAAAUUUGUGUUACAUGUGAAAAUAGAUUGGAUUUAAUGGUUUG